AUGAAAAACACUGCAUGGGUCGUGGAAGGGAACAACUGUCGCAAUGUGUUUCAAAUUAUUUCUUUUCUGUUGGUUUUUCUCUCAAUUUGUCGAAUUGAAGAUACCUUGGCUUGCCCGGACUUAGUGGACAGUGACAGAUGCCUUUGUUAUACCUUUGAAGAUGCCACAUUCCUAGACUGUCAAGAUACGACUCUAAAAGAUGUCAAAAGUGCGCUUCAAAUUGUGUCACACAUACACACAUUUUCGAUUUACGACCUCGACAGUAACGAAGAAGAAUUGGGACCACAUUUCAUACCGCAGAAUGCUUGUAUCAAGCACAUACAUAUAUCGAGAACAAGCUUAAAAAGCGUCAGCGAGGAAGCCUUUGCGCCAUUAAAAAAGUGCCUUGAAACUCUAAGCAUUGUGUCUAGCAAAGUUAAGUUAAUACCGCACAAAGCCAUUUCCGGUAUGCUGAAUUUAAUGUCAGUUGAAUUAACUUCGAAUACUAUUGAAGAAGUACCUAACUACAGUUUUUAUGGCCUUCCUUUGGCUAAAGUCAGUUUAAAAGGAAAUAUGGUACAGCAUAUUUCGGAAAAUGCAUUUUCCGGCUUGGAACACACUCUCAAAGAGGUUGAUUUGAGCGAGAACAAUUUGACCACCUUUCCAAUAACCCCGAUCGCAAAAUUAAAAACACUCCGGUCUUUAAAACUAGCUUGGAAUGAGAUGUCUCUGUGUCCCACCAACGAAGAAACUGAGUUAAAAUCCCUAGAGUAUUUAGAUUUAAAUUCUAAUAAUUUUGAACUUAUUUCGGAAGACUGCCUUAAAUUUAGUCCGUCCCUGACGAUAUUAUCAUUUCAUUUCAACUUUAUCAAGAACAUUAAUUACCGUGCUUUUUAUUCCUUGGUUAAUUUGAAGUCGAUUGAUUUGAGUUAUAACAGAUUGAAAAUCCUAAACAGUAACCUAUUUCAGAGUAAUAAGAAUUUAGAAUUCAUUAAUUUAAGUCACAAUCACCUUCAUCAUAUAAACGGCUUACUUUGCAAUAUGCCAUCUCUAACAAAGAACAUAUUAAACGACGACUUAAUACAUUUACACGAGCUUACAGUACUAUAUCUAGGUUAUAACAAUAUCAAGUAUAUAUCAGCAACGGCAUAUAAAAAUUUAAACAAAGUUGUGCAAAUAGAUUUGGAGCAUAAUAAACUUCAGACAAUUCCCAUUGAGCUGUUAAACUCAGUUGAGAAUCAUAUAAAGGAGAUUAGUAUAAAAGAGAAUAUUAUCAUAUGUCGUUGUCAGAAGAACAAUACAUGGACGUGGAUUCAAGAUCACCCCAAAAUUAUAGAACCCAAUUCGGUGAAUUGCUUCAAUAAUGAAUACCCAAAUGGGAAAUGUAAUUUUCCCCUAAUCGCCCAGGUGUCGGUUGAUAAGCAUAACGAUGGCUCCGUUUCCGUUUCGUGGUUUAUAAGAAAUCGCACGUCAAUAAAAUAUCUUCAAAUUAUGUACUACAACGAAGAAUCAUUAGAGGUAUACUCAAAAUAUAUCACUCGAAAUGAAACUUCUACAACCUUGCCCGAAUUACAGAACAAUUUGAAUUACAUAGUUUGCCUCUUAGCGUUACUUGAAACUCCUAUAUACAACGAUGAUGUUGAAGACUUAGAAAUAAAUAUCACAGAUUUGAACUUUAACCAUUUAACUAAGAUCAACAAGAGUAUCGCAGAAGCCAUAAUAACGCAGUCCACGACAAGCGAAUGUCUGGCAUUUGACACUUUUAAAAAACCGCUAACAAUAAAAACGAAAAACAAUAAGGUCUAUAAAAUAUCAUCCAUUUUAAAUAGGCGCCUCGGAUUAAUAGUAGGUUGUUCAUUAGGCGUUGUAGUGUUCUUUAUAAUGGUCUCAGUUUUAUUGUAUACAAAAAUUAAAGAAAGAAAAAGAAUCGCCAAGUCCGAGCCGGCGUGGGCUGAAAUGAAUGACUACCAUUCAAUUCACAGUAAGGAGGAUAUUAUACAGAGCUCAACCACUGCAUCCACAGAUAAUAUUUUACUAGGAAUGUCUAAGGGUCGUUACAGUUCCGUAGAUAAAAUGAAAUAG